UAGGCAGUUUACUGUAGUUGGCGUUCUUGCCUAGUUCUACACGUUCACUGUCCGUAUGGCUCGAAAACUUCGAGCGGCUGCUCAAGCAGCUGCGCAAUCAAUGAGGAAUGCCGCCCCUCCGCUCCCCGAGGCCUCUGACGAGGAGAUGAUCGAAGCACCCCCGUCGCGUGGAUCUUCUCCACCCAUGGAGGAUCCAGGAGAUGUGUCGGACAAGGACCUUGAGGUGGACCCCCAGCCAGAGCCCAGCCUGGACGACGACACGGCAGCAACGCCCGCCCAGGAUUCCAACACACCAUCGCACGGUGAUUCCCCUACUCGCACGGGUGGACGCAUGUCAGCCAUUCCGCGAAAGCGCCGCAUCGGCCGUCCUCCGAAGAACCGUCCGCCAGACUGGGAUGCGCCGGACGAGGGAGGCGCGCAGACACCCAUCCAUGUGACCACGCCGGUCAAACGAAGGCGUGGGCGUCCUGCUGCUAGCGGUGGACGGUGGGCGCGCAAUCGGGGGCCGUCGCAUGUUACUCAAGUUCCGAUCGAUAAGGAGGGCAACAUGAUGGAUGUCAUUGACGACGAAGUGGCCCUUCCGGACGACCCUGAGGGCGAAACCAAAGUGGACAAGAACGGAAACCUACAAGGUGAUCGAGAAUAUCGGGUCCGUGUGUUUACGAUCCUCAAUCGUGGUGAUCGCAAAUACAUGCUGUCCACGGAGCCCGCGCGUUGUAUCGGGUUCCGGGACUCGUACCUAUUCUUCCAGAAACACAAACUUCUCUAUAAAAUCAUCAUUGACGACGAGGCCAAACGCGAUCUGAUUGAGCGGGAAAUCAUUCCACACUCCUAUAAGGGACGAGCUAUUGGUGUGGUCACCGCGCGUUCUGUUUUCCGGGAAUUCGGCGCAAAGAUCAUUGUUGGGGGAAAAAAGGUGGUUGAUGAUUACAAUGUCCAGGCAGCGAGGGAGCGUGGCGAUGUCGAGGGCGAAACUGCCGUUCCCGAAGAUAAGCUCCCUCCGCCAGGCGAGCCUUACAAUAAGAACCAGUACGUUGCGUGGCACGGUGCCAGUAGCGUUUAUCACACCAGCGCUCCGUCGGUUCCGUUGCCCACUGGUAAGGCGGUGGACUCGAAGAAACGCAAGGUCACGGUGACUGGCGAUAACUGGAUGCUUGAACACGCCCGAGAGGCAAGCAACUUCAACUCGCUCAUCUCACUUGCGCGCCGCGAAAACCUCGAAGGACAGUACGAUAUCCACACCAACGUCGUGCAAUACCCCAAGAUAAUGCAGCCUACUCACGCUCGUUGGGAGCGUCUGCCUCCCCCAGACCCGCGAGUCGCGAGCAAAUUGGCCAAGGGGCUAUCAACGUUGAGUCUAACAAAUGGCACGGACGAAGAAGAGUCGGCUGCUGUCAGCAGCGAAGCCAACGAGGCCGGCGACGGCCAGACCGAAUCGGAGACCACCGACGCAUCCAUAUUCUCUACAGUCCCAGUCGCGCUCUCCCGCCGAUUCGCCAUCCAUGAUAUCCACUACGAAUCAUCACCGUAUUCCAACCUGGGCGUUCCAGGCCCAGACGGCGACGUGCAUGACCUCGGCUCCAACGGACUAGUCAGCGUUGCCAAUUCUAUGAAUCCUGAGUUCACAAGCCCCGAGGUUCUGGAGGAGCUUCCUCUCGAGUGCAAAGAAGCGCUCAUCGAGGCCGCUGCGCGCGAAUGGGAGUGGAAGUCCAAGUGGAGCCGGGAAGCGAGCGACGGGGCUCGAGCGACUUCGCUCAAGAGCUAUGCUUGGUUUCCAUAAGUGCAUGCUUUAACUAUUUCUUCCCCAGACGAUUGUAUGAACUGAAGCGGUCGUGCCUCCGCAUACUCUUUCUACCCAAAGAAGC